GCAUUUAGCCACAAGGCCGUCUUUGAUGGAUCUGAUGAUAACCAGAAAAUGUAGGUUUUAAGUUAGCUAUAUUCUUAAAACUAUCAUUUCCAAUUAAUUUAGUGUAUGUUAACUCAUUUAGCUUCAGCCAUGUAAAUCCUUCAAUGCUUUAUAAUGUUACAACUUUCUGCUCUCUUAAAUGUCUUAAUCAUAUAUUACAUCAUACCAUCAACAUGAAGUACCAAACAAUUAGAGGUAUAUAAUUUUUACUUGAUCAGAGUUUUUAAAAACCUUCAAAUGUAAGUGCUCCACACUGAUCAACAGACAAAUUAAGUAUGUUAUGAGAAGUGUUUAUAACUUAACCUACAAAGUAUUGAAAUCAUCAAAAUGCAUAUCAGUAACAUGUUGAAUCUUUUGUCUGUCGGUUGGUGCAACUGAUUGCACAGCGUGAGCUCACUGAGUCUGCAAAUGCUGAGUAAUGUCGGGUACUGUCAGCUUGUAAUCUAGGCUACCCGUGCAUUGAAGCGGAUCUUCAAACAAAACAUCACAGGUCAGUGACUACCGCGCCAUGAGCCUCGAUCUUGUGUCGAGAUGGCGCAAGCCUGGUGAGGACUACAAAUAGCGCGGCGUCAGGUAGAUAAACAGCGCGGCGUCAGAUAGCAGGGUGUGCUCCUGUCAAAAGCGUUCCCACAGACACAGUGAUUAUAGCAUUUUCUUGUUCUUACGAUCAGCGCUUGACUCACUUGUCUCAUUGUCGUCGGUAGCAGUAGGGAGGACUUGCUGACCCCGUCCGCCAGUUGUCAGGGUGGCCGAGUGGUCUACUCUAAGGUGCAGACUCAAGGGCAAAGGUUUAUGUAACGAAGGCAUGCGCAGUGCACGUCACCAGUGCAUUUGAUCGGUCACACAUCCACAUCCUCCUCCCCCUCCUCCUUCAUACCAGCACGCGAUCGUCUCGGUGAGCUUCAUUCCUCUUCACACAGGUACAUUUACCGUGAACUUACACUGUGGAGGAGCUUCACACUUCACAACAAUCAUGGCCACUACAGAGCGAGUGUUGGUGACGGGAGCAUCUGGGUACAUUGCGGGUCACGUGAUCAAGCUGCUACAAGAAGAGGGCUACAGUGUGCGCGGCACGGUGCGCAGUCUCAAAAACGAAGCCAAGAUCAAACACCUGCACAACCUGUGUCCUGGGGCCAAACAUCCGCUGGAACUCGUGGAGGCCGAUCUUGAUGUGGAAUCGUCAUGGCAACCGGCCGUGAAGGACAUGAUGUACGUUGUUCACGUGGCCAGUCCCUUUCCCCUGGAACUCUCAGUGAACGAGGACGAGCUGAUCAGGCAGGCCAGGGAGGGAACUCUCGCUGUCCUUCGCGCAUGCGCCAAUGAGGGGAGCGUGAAGCGAGUGGUGCUCACUAGCUCAGUGGCUGCUGUGGACAACAGCCCGCAGUCAAACGUGAUUCCACUGACGGAACAGAACUGGAGUGAUGUCACCCAAGUGGAUGCCUACUCCAAGAGUAAGACUUUAGCGGAGAAAGCAGCCUGGGUCUUUGUCAAAGACCUCCCAGAACAAAAAAAAUUUGAACUGGUUGUGAUCAAUCCUGCCUUCGUUCAAGGCCCGGUACUCCACGGCUCAUCGUGUACAAGUAUAGUGCCGAUUAAGCGAAUGCUGGAGAGACAGAUGCCCAUGUUGCCCGCACUCAACUUUAACAUUGUUGACGUCAGAGACGUGGCUCUUGCGCAUGUGCGAGCGAUGACGUUACCGGAAGCUGCCGGGAAUCGUUUCAUCUGCAGCAACGUCAACCUGUGGUUCAGCCAGAUGGCGCUUCUCCUCGACGCCGUCUUCAGACCUCAAGGUUACAACGUGCCCACCUGCACGGCCCCGAAGCUGAUUCUGCGCGUGGUCAGUCUGUUCGACAAGAGUUUGAGGUCGUUGUUACCGCAGGUUGGCGUCGUUCACACCUUCGACAAUUCAAAGAUGCGCCAGGUGUUGAAAGUGGAGCCACGUGAUGUGAGGGACACCAUCAUCGAGAUGGCGCACUCACUGAUACAGGGCGGCUUUGUCAAGACCACGCCAGGUUACCGCGGACCCGGCGGGCCGGAGGAACGUCAGCUGUACAUGGCAGUGAAGCUAUAGACAUAGAUUGGUGAACGUCAGCUGUACAUGGCAGUGAAGCUAUAGACAUAGUUUGGUGAACGUCAGCUGUACAUGGCAGUGAAGCUAUAGACAGCUUGAUGAACGUCAGAUGUACAUGGCUGUGAAGCUAUAGACAUAGAUUGGUGAACGUCAGCUGUACAUGGCAAUGAAACUAUAGACAGCUUGAUGAACGUCAGCUGUACAUGGCAGUGAAGCUAUAGACACAGCUUGAUGAACGUCAGCUGUUCAUGGCAAUGAAACUAUAGGCAUGGUAUGAUGAACGUCAGAUGUAUAUGAUGUUUUGAUGAGCGUUAGAUAUACAUGACAGUAAAGAUGUCAUUAUUU